AUGUCCUUCUUCUCUGUGCCGAUUAUUGACCCCGAGAAUCCGCUUUACUCUCCCGAAAUUACGGCACAGCAGUACAUGUCCAGUGUUCGGUUGUUCCAGGCGUCUGUGGCAGAUACCUCAAAGUUUCCCUACUUCCAUCGCAUUUGCAAUGCUUUCUUGGACAAUGCUUUUCAAGAUUCACCACAAUCUCUUCGACUUACGCACGAGAAAGCUGUAUCUAUUGCUGGAUCUCAUGAGCUUGGCAGCGCGGCGAGCGUCAAAGAAGAACAAGACUCGGAUAGCAUCGAAUUAGCUUCUGUAGCUGCGAAAUUCUUGAAACGAGCACCUCUUGUCGACUCUUCUAGUUCAGCCGAUAUUCUUCUCAAACGACCACCGAAGAGGGUCAAGCGAUCUUCAAGUCAUGUCGAUAUGUCUUUUGUUCUAUCAGCUAAAGCCGAGCGACUUCGCUUCUCUGAUAAACUGGCUCUACAUCCGAGCUCGGACGUCAAAAUUAAUGAAGAAUCGAAUAAUUCUCUAGCCGAAGAGCUUUUCUGGCCGGACGAGGAACAGGGAGAGAUGGUAUCGACGGAGUUCAUCGAGUUCGCGGUUGCAGCUGAGUUCGCGUCAGGAGUGGUCGAUGAAGACGUCGCUCUCAAUCAAUACCCGGAAUCAUCCAAGGCUAUACUGGCUCUGCUUAAGGAACUCGAAAGGCUUCUUCCGGGCUUGCGUCUCCGAGAUCAACUCGACGUCCACACAAUAACCCACCAAGAUAUUGUCAACGUACUCGGAAUCAAAGUGUUCAUUGAUCCUACCGGAUUUCAGUCACUUCGGUCCUUGGUGCUCUCGGACGUCCCAUUAUCAGACGAUGACCUGAUGUGUCUAAAUAGUCUCCUGCGUAUCGAGUCACUCUUUAUAGAUGAUACGCAAAUCGGUGAUGUAGCUGUUAUGCACCUUAUUGCUCUUCGACAAAGUCUUGUCCACUUGGAACUUUCUUGGAACGAAAAAAUCACUGAUGACGCGAUACCGACGCUCUGUAACUUCCCGGAUCUCACUUUCCUUUCACUGAAGAGAACGGCGAUUACGAUGAAGGGACUUCGAAAACUUGCUUGUUCGGUUAAAGAUAGAGAGAAGAAGAUUAGUAUUAUCUUGCCUUCGGAAUGUGAGGAGUAUCUUUGCAACCUCCACAACGAAUACGAACUCAAGUUAACUCCACCACUCAUUCACGACCCCGAUGUAUGUUCUAUGCUUUCGAAACCUGCACUCAAAGAGAACCUUGCUGCACAUGCUUUGCGGAACUUGGAGAUUACGACGGAUGGGAAUAAGGCUAAGUUGGAGAAAAGGUUGAGGAAGGUGUUGGAAAGGAGGAAGAGGGAUUUGGUUGUGCAGGGGUUUAUGUUGCAGGGGUUUGUGUUUGGUCUCUGGACUUGGGAUUAG